GAGAGGGGCCGGCCCUGGGCCGCGCUACGUGUCCCGCAGCCCUUAUAGCACCGGCCGGCCCGGCCCGCCGCGGCAGCACCAUGGCGAGCCGAGAGCACACGGGAUCCACCAACGUGGUUUACCAAGCCCACCAUGUCAGCAGGAGUAAGAGAGGACAAGUCGUGGGCACCAGGGGAGGAUUCCGAGGCUGCACCGUUUGGCUCACAGGCCUUUCUGGAGCUGGCAAGACAACCAUUGGCUUUGCUCUGGAGGAGUACCUGGUGGCUCAUGGCAUCCCCUGCUACUCCCUGGACGGCGACAACGUCCGGCACGGCUUGAACAAGAACCUGGGCUUCUCGGCCCAGGACCGCGAGGAGAACAUCCGGCGCAUCGCCGAGGUGGCGCGGCUCUUCGCCGACGCGGGGCUCGUCUGCAUCACCAGCUUCAUCUCCCCCUUCACCAAGGAUCGUCUAAACGCACGGAAAAUCCACGAGGCAGCUGGACUUCCUUUCUUUGAAAUCUUUGUAGAUGCUCCUCUAAAUAUUUGUGAAAGCAGAGAUGUGAAGGGCCUGUACAAAAAAGCAAGAGCUGGAGAGAUCAAAGGAUUCACGGGGAUCGACUCAGAGUACGAGAAACCCGAAGCUCCCGAGCUGGUGCUGAAAACAAACAUUGCAUCGGUGUCUGAGUGCAUCCAGCAGGUCGUGGAGCUCCUGCAGGCACAGAACAUCGUGCCCCAGGGCUCAGUCAAGGAUGUUCUGGAGCUCUUUGUGCCUGAGGAUAAGCUCAGCAGUGUCCGGGCUGAGGCAGAGCAGCUGCCAGUCCUGGAGAUCACCAAGCUGGAUCUGCAGUGGGUGCAGGUGCUGAGCGAAGGCUGGGCCACUCCUCUGACAGGAUUCAUGCGGGAGGCUGAGUACCUGCAAGUGCUGCACUUUGGCACCCUGCUCAACGAUGGCGUGGUGAACCUGAGCGUGCCCAUCGUGCUGCCGCUGUCGGCAGAGGACAAGCAGAGGCUGGAGGGCAGCGCGGCGCUGGCGCUCCGCUUCCAGGGCCGCCGGCUGGCCGUGCUGCGCCGCCCCGAGUUCUUCGCGCACAGGAAGGAGGAGCGCUGCGCCCGCGUCUGGGGCACCACCUGCCCCCGGCAUCCCCACAUCCAGAUGGUGAUGGAGAGUGGAGACUGGCUGGUUGGUGGAGACCUGCAGGUCCUGGAGAAGAUCACAUGGAAUGAUGGGCUGGACCAGUACCGCCUGACCCCGCUGGCUCUCAAGCAGAAGUUCAGGGAAAUGAAUGCUGACGCCGUCUUCGCCUUCCAGCUGCGCAACCCAGUGCACAACGGGCACGCGCUGCUGAUGCAGGACACGCGGCGCCAGCUCCUGCAGAGGGGCUACAAGAACCCCGUGCUCCUGCUGCACCCCCUGGGGGGCUGGACCAAGGACGACGACGUCCCUCUGGAGUGGCGCAUGAAGCAGCACGCCGCCGUGCUGGAGGAGCAAGUCCUGGACCCCAAGUCCACCAUCGUGGCCAUCUUCCCCUCUCCCAUGCUCUACGCCGGCCCCACGGAGGUGCAGUGGCACUGCCGGGCCCGGAUGGUGGCGGGGGCCAACUUCUACAUCGUGGGGCGCGACCCGGCGGGAAUGCCGCACCCCGACACCAGGCAGGACCUGUACGAGCCCACGCACGGGGGGAAGGUGCUGAGCAUGGCCCCCGGGCUCACCUCCGUGGAGAUCCUGCCCUUCCGAGUGGCUGCCUACAACAAGCUCAAGAGAGCCAUGGAUUUCUAUGACCCAAACAGGCAUGAUGACUUUGACUUCAUCUCAGGGACACGCAUGAGGAAGCUUGCUCGGGAAGGGGAAAACCCCCCAGAUGGCUUCAUGGCCCCCAAAGCCUGGAAAGUCCUCACCACCUACUACCAGUCACUGGAAAAACAGAAUUAACUCCUCCUCCUCCUCCUCCCUAGAAACACCUGUAUUAAUAGUGAGCAAUGAUCGAUUGAUUCCCUGUGACACAGAUCACUUGGCAUGACCCUGGGGUGUUCCUACCUGGGUCACAGUGGGUUUUUACCAAUCAGAAAUACUUCCAGCCUGAUCCUUCCCCCCUAAAGCUGCUGGGAGUGUCCCCAUGGAGCUGGAAGGGAUGGGGAGCUGGCCCUUUGUUCCCAGGUGCUGCCAGGGCCACACAGCAGCUGCCAGUGCAGAGGGGACCAGGGUAAACCCUGCCUGUGCCCUGCCUGGAGCAGAAAUGAAGAAGUGCUUUUCCACCUUGUGCCUUAGACAGUUUUUGCUAAUUGACAGCAGAAUCUUUUUAAUGCCCCUUUUAUAAAAAGGACUUUUUAAGAUCAGCUGUGACCACCUCCAGUUCUUGGUGGCUGAGCCAACUCCUCGCUGCCUCUUUCCUUCCUCCUGCUUGACCUCUUUGGUCAAACCAAUCCUGGGCUGAGCAUUCCUGUUGCUCCAUGUUAGCUGCCUGUGAGGAUGUGCCAUGGUGAUCCCUGGCACAGGGAUCCCUGCACUCACAGCUGGGGAGCCUCUCCUGGGAGGCACCGUAAGCCCUGAGAUCCCUGAGAAAGCUCUGGACAGCAAGGAAAAGUCAGGGAUGCUGGCACUGUGCUUUCAGGUGUUCUCCUCCCACCUGGCAGGAUGGGAUCCCCCUUCCCUCUGCCCACAUUUCCCCCACCCCAAAGGCCAAUCCGGGGCAAAACAGCAAAGUCACGGCACCAGGUGGGUCUGGAGAACCGGCUGGAGGAGGCUGCAGCUCCUGCCCUCAUCCACACAUGUGUGGGUGCAGGUGACCUGAUUUAUUCCGAGUCUGCGGCAUGGGGACAGCCCGAGGAUGGCAGGGGACAGCCCGAGGAUGGCAGGAAACCCUUGGCCCCCAGCCCUGGGGGGUUCUGCUGCUGCUGAGCCGAGAGCCCGGUGCUGCCCCAGCCCUGGCUGUGGAAAGUCACCGCGCACAUUGUCGCCUUCCCCACCGACAUUGUCGCCUUCCCCACCCUCACGCCGGCACGGACAUGGGCAAUGCCCCGCCUGAGGCUUUUCCGCUGAGCCUCCGAGGUGACAGAGCAGUGACACAAAGCGACAGGACAGCCGGGCUUCCCUGGGCACUGCCGGGGCUGCCAGGGACGGGGCUGGUCCCGGCGCGGUGGCAGCAGAGCAGAACAACCUGCACUCGGUCAUUGCAGCCCCGCUCGGGAAUUUUGCACCUGGCCGUGUUCAGCAGCCGCCCCCGGAGCCGUCGGGAUGCUCCCAAGGAAGGGGAAUGAGCGUUCCUCUCUUCUGGUGCUGCUGUUUGAGUUCCAGGUGGAUCCACGCUCAGCAAAACCAACCCGCUCCUGCUCGCUACCUGCUCUGCUGUGGCCAGGGCACACUGUCCAACCUUCAUCUAUCACUGGAAAAUAUCCUUGCAAAAGGGCUUUUUGGGUGGCUUUUUAAGUCUUUUUUUUUAAGCAUUUGGGGGAAAUCUGUGCUUUACCCAAAUGCUGCAGCCUCCGUGCACCAGCACCAGCCUCAUCCAGCCAGGCCCUCUGGCAGGUAGCCAAAAGUGAUAUUCCCAUUUAGGAUUUCUGAGGAGUGAAACAGCACUGUUGCUGCUCAUCCUCAAAUAAUCCUGUCCUCCCCCCCCCAGUAAAUCCAGGUGGUCACAGCAAAACACAGAUGUUGUGUUAUCAUUUUAAACCAGUGCAGUGUCCUGAUUACCUCUGAUUCCUUUAUAGGGGUUUAUAGUCUAUUUAUUAAAGACAUGAGACUGGAAUUUGUACCUCAGCUGAUGCAUCUCAUGAUUUAAUAUAUACUGAACUCGCUACUCUAUGAAACACUCACUUUUAGUACAAAUAAAUAUUUAUAUGUGUAAGUAGCUCUCACUUGGUGAUUUUUGGGUGCCUGGGCAAUGCUGUGCUGGAGCAGCUGUCCCUGGAGAUGUCAGAGAGGAAUCCCCUUAAUGGAGGCAGGAUCAGGGGCUGAGGGUUGGACCAAGCCUCUCAUGGAGCCAUGGAAUGAAAGCAGCCACGUUCCAAACCCUCAGCCUUUCGAGGAAGCUGCCAGAGGGUUCGUGCUUUGACAAGGACUCCCACAGCAGCAGCAAGGGUGGGAGAUUUCCUGGAGAAGUGGGAAUUGCACUCUAGCUGCAGAAACUGCCCCCAGGAGCAAUCAGGAAUGACUCCUUGUGCCUCUUCAGCCAGGCCCUGAUGGAUUUGGGCAGCAGGGAAAGGCAGCUCUGGCCAGCAGUGCCCAGGGCCGGGCUUUUGGAGACACCAGCUGGAGAUCAGGGCUCAGGCAGUGACCAGGGGCUGUGUCCCCGGGUUUGUCCUGCUGCCGUGCCCUCCCCCGGGGUGACACGAACCCCCCUGAGGACACACUUCACACUCAAUUAAAGCUAAUUAAGACCUGCCUCCACUGGGGUUUUACCAGGCAGGAAACAGCCCGAAAAUAAAGUGCAAACAGCCCUCCAGCACUCGGUGCACUGUCUGAUGCCAAGCUGAAGAGCCAGCAACCUGUACUACUGCCCUUUUAUCCAGAUAUGUCCUGGGGGAAAUGAAAUAUGGGUGGUAUGGGGCAGUCUCGCUGUCACCAGGCACUGGAGGAAAUGAGAAGGGAGGCACCCAGAGGUGCAGGAGGUGCAGGAGCAGCUUCCCAGGCUGGCAUUUCUCAUGUGUAACUGUGCCAGGCUGCUCCCAGCCCUGUCCAGCCUGGCCUUGGGCACUGCCAGGGAUCCAGGGGCAGCCCCAGCUGCUCUGGGCACCCUGUGCCAGGGCCUGCCCAAUUCCUUCCCAAUAUCCCAUCCCUCCCUGCCCUCUGGCAGUGGGAAGCCAUCCCCCCUUGUACAGAGUCUCUCUCCAUGUUCCUUGCAGCUCCUUCAGGCCAUAGUUUGGUCAGCCCAAAGCUUCUCCUCUCCAGGUGAACAAUCCCAGCUCUCCCAGCCUUUCCUCCCAGCAGAGCUGCUCCAUCCCUCUGCUCAUCCCGGUGCCUCCCCUGGGCUCUCUCUCCUGGAUCCCAGGCUCACCCAGCCCCAGCACUGAAGUGAUUUAUAGGAUUAACAUCCCAGACUUUUCUCAUUUCCAUAUCCCAGCAGCUCUGCUGUACCUAAAUUCCUGCAGCCCUGUGUUAGAUCAUUGUGCAUCUCCCAUUGCUUUGGAUACAGGGAAGAAGUCUAAGAAUUAUUCAAUUGUUUUUAUCCUCCCCCUCCCAUUUGGUUUUAAGAUUAAAUUGGGACAAACUCAGCCCUGCAGCAUCACCCAGCCAGCAUUCCAGAGGGCAGGACAGCAGGGAGCAGGCUGAGCUUGAGGGACACUGUCACCAGCCCCUGACACCGUGCCACGGCAGGGCUCCAGCCCUUCUUCUUUCACUUUAUUUUCCUUUGCAGUGCAUUUGGUUUUACAUCAUUCUGUGCCUCCAAUGUUUCCCUCCCCUCACAGGCAGCAGAGCUGUGACACAGCAUCCCAACCCUGGGCUCUGAACAUUUCAUUCCCUUUACAGAUUUGGGGUCAAUUAGUGCACAGUUCAUAGCAUUAUAUGAAAAAACCUCAAGUUCUUGACUAUCUCUGACAAUAACUUCACUAAAAAAAAAAAAACCCAAAA